ACCGUCCGCGAGCUGCAGCUUGUGCGAAUUCUGGGCAUUUUUCUGAGGUAGGCCAUGAGCUUCUUCUCUAAAAUUCCCGCCGGCUUCUUCCCCUGCCAGGUCCAGUUUCUUUGCUUGCAAAUUCUGGAAGCGAAAUCGAGGACGAGGAAACUACAAGAAGUGAUGAGUUAGAAGGCUAGCCAUUUCGAGAUUUAUAUAAAUUUUAGAAAUAGAUCAUGAUCUUGUAAGCUAAACUAUAUUUGGAGAUUUUAUAAUAUCAGAGCAGAUUUAUAAUUUUAUCUUCAGAUUUUGAUGGUAUCAGAUGUGAAUUGGACAAGUUC